CCUAUUCACAGUAAUUACAGAGCGCAUCAUGUUUCGCACAGUGGAAUUCGAAGUGCCGAUGUUGUUUCGCCUGAAGAUUUUACCGACGAACUGUUCGAAAAGUAUGGCAGUAAUGGCUCUUUGGAUGAUACACAGUUAAAAACAAUGUUCGUGAACUUGGGGAUCGGUAAAGAUAACGAAAAAACUGCUAACAAUCACGCUGGUGUCAAAGAAAGGUGCUUUUCAGGUUCAAGUCUUCUAGAUGUAUUUUCAAUCAACAAGACAGCAUUGAAUAAACAAAACUUUAACAAGAUUUGUCCAGCAAUUGUACAACAGAUAGAUAGUCAGAAAUGUAGUGAURAAACUGMAGAACUYGAGCCUAUUGUUGGRAAGGAAUCCAAGGCUAAAGCCUGGGGAUAUGGUUUCUUGUCUGUCUUUAUUAUCAGUUGUGCAUCUCUAUUUGGUGCUUUUGUUGUGCCGUUUAUGAGCRAAGACUUCUACAAGACCCUUCUGUUAUUCAUGGUGUCUCUAGCGGUUGGAGUGUUAGGAGGAAGUGGUAUUUUUCAUCUCAUUCCCAGUGCAUUUGGCCUUGGAAAAGAUGAUGACUUUUCCUACCUCUACAAGUGUUGUGUUAUGGUCGGUGGGAUCUAUUUCUUUUUCUGUAUGGAGUACAUCAUGAAGAUGUAUGUCAGGUUUAAAGAUGAUGAUAGUAUGCUUGGCGGCCAUGGACAUUCACACUACUUGUCAGAUGACGAAAAACACCAACAUCAGAUUCCUGAUAAUGGCAUAGCAGAAGCACAAUUAGAAAUGUACAACAUCAAGCAAGAUCACCACCAUGGUCACGCUGAGAGCUUCUGCAUUGGCAACAGCUAUUUUCCAAACAAGCCAGAACUUGCCCUGCCCUGUGCAGACUCUGAUUCAAAARUUCUCAKCAYUUCWCAGCCAUCUAUUGGUAUUGUAGACCCUAAGGACACUAAAAAGCAUAGUAAGAAAAAAAGAAGAAUAGCACCUGUUGCAUGGAUGAUUGUUUUUGGUGAUGGUGUGCAUAACUUCAUCGAUGGUCUGGCAAUAGGUGCAGCUUUUUCAACAUCAACGUACGAUGGCAUUAGCACAGCACUUGCUAUAUUCUGUGAGGAGUUGCCUCAUGAACUUGGUGAUUUUGCAGUCCUUCUCAAUGCUGGCAUGUCUUAUAAACAGGGACUAUUGUGUAACUUUCUCUCAGCAUGUACAUGCUUCAUUGGCUUGGUUGUUGGACUGUUGCUAGGAUACUCAACAUCAGCUGUCAAGUGGAUCUAUGCUCUUGCAGGAGGAAUGUUUCUUUACAUCUCAUUGGUGGACAUGCUGCAAGAAGCAACAGAGAUGUCAUGUAAAGAAGGUAAAGGAUCGAUUAAGAAAAACCUGAAGACAUUUGCUCUACAGUCCUUUGGAAUACUGUUUGGUUUUGUGGUCAUGUAUAUAUUAGCAUUAUACUCUACCAGUAUUACAAUCUGAAGUGAGCAUUUCAUAGAAUAUAGA